GGGAGGCCGGCGGCCGGCGCGCGGCUCAUUCGCAGCUGGCGCUCGCGGCGCGUGGACGCACGCGGGGAGCGAAAGAGCAGGUCUCGCGCGCGCCCUUCGCCGCAACGGUCGCCGCCCCCCUCUCGCCCGCGCGCCAUGAAGACCAAGUUCUGUAACGGCGAGACCGAGCCCUCCCCGCUCGGGCUCCUCCUCGGCUGCAGCCCCGGCGGGGGCGGCGGCGUGCUCCCCGCCGCCGGGCAGCCCCCCUCGCCGCCGCCCCUGGCCGAGCCCGAGGGGAAGGAGCUGGUGGCGGCGGGCAGAGGCGGGGGCGCCAUGACCCCGCCUUCCUCGCUGCUGCUGCCGCCGGCCGAGGAGGAGCCGCCGCUGGACCCCCGCACGCGGCGCAAGGCGUAUCUGUGGUGCAAGGAGUUCCUGCCGGGGGCCUGGCGGGGGCUGCGCGAGGAGCAGCUGCGCAUCAGCCCCAUCAGAGGUGGCCUCAGCAACAUGUUGUUUCAAUGCUCACUACCUGAUACCACUGAGACAGUUGCAGAUGAACCACGAAAAGUUCUCCUGCGCUUAUAUGGUGCAAUCCUGCAGAUGAGGUCCUGUAAUAAAGGAGGGUCUGUACAAUCUCAGAAGGAAAAUGACUUGCAAGGGGCGGAAGCCAUGGUUCUGGAAAGUGUUAUGUUUGCCAUUCUUGCAGAGAGAGCUCUUGGCCCAAAGCUGUAUGGAAUCUUUCCACAAGGGCGACUGGAGGAGUUUAUUCCCAGCAGAAAAUUAAGUACUGAAGAACUCAGUUUACCUGACAUAUCUGCUGAAAUAGCUGAGAAGAUGGCUAGAUUUCAUGGCAUGAAAAUGCCAUUUAAUAAAGAACCUAAGUGGCUUUUUGGAACAAUGGAAAAAUACCUAAAUCAAGUGCUGAGGAUUAAGUUUACCAAGGAAUCCAGAACUAGAAAGCUGAACAAACUCCUCAGUUACAAUCUGCCCCAGGAAAUGAAAAAUCUAAGAGCUAUGCUUGAAGCUACUUCGUCACCAGUUGUAUUUUGCCACAAUGACUGUCAAGAAGGUAAUGUCUUGCUUCUGGAGGGCAGAGAGGAUUCAGAAAAACAAAAACUGAUGCUCAUUGACUUUGAAUACAGCAGCUAUAAUUACCGAGGAUUCGACAUUGGAAAUCACUUCUGUGAAUGGAUGUAUGAUUACACAUAUGAGAAGUACCCAUUCUUCAAAGCUAGUUCUCUUAAUUAUCCUUCAAAGAAGCAACAGCUUCAUUUUAUCUCCAGUUACCUAUCUGCAUUCCAAGAUGGCUUUCAAAAUCUGAGCAAUGAAGAGAAGUCCAAACUAGAAGAGGAAGUGUUGAUAGAAGUUAACAGGUUUGCCCUUGCGUCACACUUCUUCUGGGGUCUGUGGUCUAUUAUACAAGCGAAGAUCUCAUCCAUUGAGUUUGGUUACCUGGAAUAUGCGUUGUCCAGAUUUGAUGCAUACUUUGAUCAGAAGAGGAAGCUGAAGGUGUGAAUGUAGGCGGAGUGGCCUGUUGGUUACUGUAUGAAGAGGGCAGCUGGACAGAACUCUCACUGUGCUUAGGCUACUGUAUCUGUAACGAAGGUGUCACUGCCUUCCAGUUCCUUGGAAGGCAGGUGUACAAUACUGAAGACUGUAUAAAAAUGAUUUGUUUACAGUUUCAUAAAUAUUUGGAAUGAGAUUGGGAGGCAAAAGUAAAAUACAACAGUGCAAUAUCUUUAAAUCCUUUUAAUCUAGAAGGUAUUUUAUAUUAUGGGAGAAGCUUACAAUUAAGUGUCAAUACCACAUGCAUCAGAGCAAACAGUGUUACUGAGUACAUUUUCUGGGGGUUGACAUAAUGGUGAAUGUUGUAAGCAGAACAGUUGUAAAAGAUGAUACAUUGUAGACACUGCCUCUUAAUGAGAAGGAGAAAGCAACGGUAGGGGAGACAACUGUUAAACUGUGAAGUAGGCUUAAAAUCUUACUGUGAGAUUAGGUUCAACAUGCUCCGUGAACACUAUCUUCAAAAAGCUGCUGAUAUGUUACAACACCACUUUAACCGUAAAGCAACUAAACACGUUGAAGCGGCAUGCUUUAAAGUGUUACCUGCAUAUACAUGAAUGUGUCUCUUACGCUGGUGUGCCUGCAAAGUGAAGUAUGAAUGAACUUCGGACAUUCUGAAAGGAUUUGUCUUGAACUGUUCAUUCCGCAUCCUUCACCAAGAACAUGCUUUAUUGCCCAGCCUGACUGACUCUUACUAUGCUGCGUCCCGCACAGGGGGAUCUGUGGGCUGGCAGCACUAGGAAGAGUGCCUUGAAUUGCUCUAGCUACUCCCCCCAUAACUGGAUUGGCAUUGACAAUACUUGUAAUUGGAGCCCAUCUCUUCUUGACUCGUGUUGCUGCAGUGUAUGGCUGUAAGGAAUAGAGCCAAAGACUGCGGAGAACACUUCAGGAAAUUGCUGUUCUGCCCAACUAAUGCUUAAGUGGCUUGGGGGGGUGCUUUUCUUGUACCUCCAACUUUCACGUUCCAGCAAUCCAGUCAAGUGGAGUGUCUUGUGGGGAACAAUAACGUGUAUAUUGAAACUUGAGUAUAAUCUGUGUACAUGUCAUCUAAAGAUUUCUUUAGUUUUUUUGGGAACUUGUUUAUUUUGAACAUUAUUUUGUUUGUGCUUUCUAACACACUGUAUUAUAAAUAAUAAACUUUUAAGUCUACCCCUUUUCACUUGUAUAGCAAAUACUGUUUCAAGCAGUUAAUGUGCAUCAUUUCAUGUACUGUAUAGCAUAACUUGUAAAAGCUGUCAUUUUAUUCUCUAGUGUAGAGAAUCAUUUUGCAUACACAAUUCUUAAUACUUUAUAAUAAAUAUAAAGCACUUAAACAUCA